AUGUCUGACCACGAAGAAGUCGCUUCUGGCUCGGGUUAUAACACCCCGGUCCCGGAGCUUGAUGAUCAUCGUCAUCAAAUCUCAUCCAUACAGCGUACUGGAACAGAACGUGCCCGCCGUGGUACCGUUGAUACCCUUUAUGGAUCCCGCCAACAUCUUCAACCACUUGGUCCCUACUCGCCUUCUAAUGCCAGGGGACGAGACUUCGAAGAGGCAGUCGUUGAUGAAGAGGACGGAAAUAUAUCACCCAUGGCUACUCAUAGCCGCAGACCCACCUUUGAUUCAACAAUUGAUCAACAGCGGGCUGUAUCACCGCCGAACUCCGUCAAAGCGUUUGCCGAAGCCCGUCGUCGAGAACGCGCUCUUUCGGUGACCGAUGGUCGAGCACAGAAACAGGACGAGGAUGAUGGUCUUCAUCGGACGUAUUCUUCCGUUAGCCGCAGAAGCCAAGCGAGUCAGCGAUCUGGACGAAGCAAACCUGCAACAUAUGUCGCUGACGAUGGAGCAAGCUUGGCAACUAACAAAACUGCGGAAGACGACGUAUGCUUUCCUAUGCAGGAUGAACACCGACACGAUCAAUUACAUAUUGACUUUGAUUACCUCGAGAACUUUGUCGCAUCCGAAAGUGUUGUACGACGAGACAGCGUUGGUGUGCAAGGAGCCCUUCGAACAUUCCCUAGCCUAACGCAAGACUCGGUUGCCGAACCUACACGCUUGGUUACUGUCGAUGGUGAUUUCGUUAACCUCCCACCUGGAUCCUUAGAUGUCGACCAUGAGAAGUCAGAAGAAGCAAGCGAAACCCAACUUGCUUCAAAGCCGGCAGAGAAGGAACCGCACCUCGACCCAAACCGGUUCAGUUUCUUUUCUUCCGCCUGGGAGUCCACCAUUCAUGCCGCUGAGUUUGGUGAUCUUGUUCUCCCCGGUGAGGAUUUGCGUGGCCUUUUUACCUUUCCUCGAGAUGAACCCGAUGGUGUCUGGUGGUUGAAUGUCAACAGGCCAACAGAUGAAGAGGUCCGGACUUUGUGUAAGGCCUUUGGAGUGCACCCUCUCACUAUCGAAGAUAUCACUACACAAGAGGCCCGAGAGAAGAUUGAAAUCUUCUCUUCAUAUUACUUUGCAUCCUUCCGGUCAUUUAAUGCUGUUCAGGACGACGAUGGUCCCGAGUAUGAACCUUUCAAUAUCUAUGUCAUCGUCUUCCGCGAGGGCACCUUGAGCUUCAGCUUUGUCCCGAACCACCACGCCUCUCAGGUCCGCAAGAGAAUCUCAAGUCUCAAGGAAUACGUGUCCUUAAGUAGCGACUGGAUCUGCUACGCCUUUAUUGAUAAUAUUGUCGAUUCCUUUGCUCCUGCACUUUCUAGAGUCGAGAUGCUCACAGAGGCUAUUGAAGAUUCUGUAUUCGUCGCUCGUCCGGAAGACAAUCACAUGUUUCUGCGCAAAAUCGGCGGCGUCCGCAAAAAUACACUAGCGCUUAUGCGUGGACUCGGGGGCAAGGCUGAUAUCUUGAAGGGCUUUACGAAGCGCUGCAAUGAGGACUAUAAAGUCACACCCCGCAUGGACAUAGGCCUAUACCUCGGCGAUAUCCAGGACCACGUCGUAACGAUGAUGACCAAUCUCACGCACUUCGAGAAGAUCCUAUCCCGGGCUCACAGUAACUACCUUGCUCAGUUGACGGUCGAUAGCAUCACUCAAGGAACAGAGACGAAUAAGGUUCUGGCCAAAAUAACGUUCCUAGCAAGUCUCAUUGUUCCCUUCAACGUGGUGACGGGUCUAUUCGGCAUGAACGUUGAGGUCCCUUUCAAAGACGUCGACAACACAAAUGCCUUUUUUGUCAUUGUGGGAUGCCUAGUAUUUUUCUGUGUGGGCUGCUGUGCCUUCGCGCGCAAGAAGCGAAUGCUCUAG